GCCGCAGUAUACGGUACGGUGUAUGCACAGAAUAAUUUUUUAGAAUGACUUGCAGUUUUGGCUGCUUAUGCAAUCGAUCCUGAAAUUACUAAAUUUGGUGGAUUCAGACUAUUUUUCGUAAAGAUGACAACUACAGAAUCAGUACAAGAACCAGACUUGAGCACAAGCAGUGACAAGAAGAGAGAAAUGACGAUAGAAAACGGAAACGAAAGGCGGAUUUGCCGAAGAUCAUGCAGUUUGAGGCGGAAUGAUGACGGUGAAGGAUUUUUAUAUCGAUGGAUGCCGAGGUGGAGUCCUACAUCAGCGAAGCUUCUAGAAAAAGCAGAGGAGAAAAUUCUGGGCUGUCUAACUGUGCCAUACAAAUCUUUCUUUGCGGAUAUCGACGAUGGAGCGAACCAAAUCAGAACGCUGGAGAUGAACCCUUCCAAUUCAACCAAGACACCUUAUGUCCUCAUCCACGGUUUCGCUAGUGGCGUUGCACUCUGGGUAAUGAACUUGGAAGGGCUGGCAGUCAACAGACCUGUCUAUGCCAUAGACGUCAUGGGGUUCGGACGCAGCUCACGCCCCAAGUUUCCAUUCGGAGCAGAGGCUGCUGAAGCAGAGUUUGUCCGAUCCAUCGAGGAAUGGAGGAAAUCUGUGGGCUUAGAGAAAAUGAUCCUGAUUGGUCAUAGCUUGGGUGGUUUCCUAUCAUCGGCAUACAGCCUGGCCCACCCUGAGAGGGUGAAGCACCUAGUUCUCCUAGAUCCUUGGGGUGUGGUCAAGAGAGACGAGGAGGAGAAGUUGGAGCUGCCUUACUGGGCUCGCAUCAUAGGAACCAUUGCACUGUCCUUCAAUCCAUUGUCAACGAUCAGGGCAGCAGGACCACUAGGACCUUAUUUGAUUAGAAAAGCAAGAGGAGAAACUGUUGGAAGGAAAUUUUCAUCGCUCUUCAGUGAUGAUCGCAUCUCACAGUACAUCUUCCACUGCAAUGCACAGUAUCCAGCUGGCGAACAAGCUUUCAAGGAUAUCAGCAUGCAGGUUGGUUGGGCCAGGAACCCCUUAGAAGACAGGAUAGGAGAAUUGCCAGCCCACAUCCCCAUCAGUAUGAUCUACGGUUCAAGGAGCUGGAUGGACUUCACUGGAGGGAGCCUGGUGAAGCAGUUAAGACCUAACUCCAGGGUAGAUGUCAGGAUAAUUAAAGGAGCAGAUCACCAUGUUUAUGCCGAUAAAAGUGGCCAGCUCAAUGAAUUGAUCAACUCGUUGUGCAAGGAUUCAUCGUGAGAAACCAUGGGUCUGCUUUAUCAUAUCUGACCAAUCUGUAAGCAACUCACCCAGUCGGUAGACUGUUAAUAAACCAAUUGUAGGCUAUGUUCAUAGUUCAGACCCCAUAGUCUCAUAUAAUUUGACAUGAUUCGUCCCUUUAAUCCUAUUCGGCGUCAUCAGUGUAUUUUCAGGUAAUUCCAGCCUCAUAUGUAAAAAACAUCUGAUUAUUGGUGAUUUGAAGCCUCUGGUCAAUAUUGAAGAUAAAUUUAAGGAGCUUUAAUGUGCAGCUGAACUUGUCAGUGUCUUGAUUGUCAUAAGCAGAGAGUAUGUGGUGAAAUUAAAGAUCAGUAUACGUGUACAUGUUGUUUUGGCUUAUAUGACAAGUAUUAUUUAAGCAUGAAUAUUUGCGCCCGUUUCAAUGUUAUAUAAUCUUGUUGCCAAACACCCUCUCACGCUAUGUGACUGAUGGAAUUUGUGCAUAUAUUAUAAACACCUGGGGGUGUUUCACGAAGAUUCAAGUAGGACAUAAGAGCUGCACUUAAAUGCCGACACAUUCAUGAUAUGUAACGUGCAAACUCAUUAAUCAAUACGCAGUAGUGGGCGUCCUCUUUGCAUAUUCUGACCAGUGCGGUCAUGCCUUUUAUACCACAAGCAACUCGACAUUUACGUGCGAUUGACUCUAAAUCAUACUUAAAUCUUUGUGAAACACCCCCCCCCCCCAUGACCAUGACCAAAUUUCUUCCCCAUUGUGGAAAUCCAUUGUCAUUCAUUUAGAUUAACUCAUUCAUUUAAAAUGAAAGGAAAUUUCGACUUUAUUUUUUAUUAGAGUUAUUUUAUUGGAUUAAAAUAAGUUGACUUUUGCAUAGCUUUUGAUUAAAUCCAAGAGAUGACUGGAUUUCAAAUUAAAAAAAAAACACUGAUGUUGGGUUUCAAAAUGAUUUUUUUUUUAAAUUGAAUAUGUUUAUGCCUUGAUAUUUGUUUAGUAGCCCUCAGUUUGAUGCUGAUUAUGCACUUCAAAGUUCUACCCACUGUUUGUUUUGUGGGUAUUUUUAAGUAUUUUGAUAGUAAUGAAUCAUUCAGGUGAAACUCAAUGCAUAUGACAUUACUUUCAAAUACCCAGAUAACAAUCACGAUUCAGCAAUGUAUUAUGUCUGUUUAUAUUCUUGUUUUUUAUGUAAAUAGAAAUGACUGAAAUUUUGGAUCAUUCUGUGUGUAUGUGUGUGGGUGUACCUCAUUAAUAUUGAGGUGCCAUACAGCCAAUGAAUUCAUAAAAUGAACAUAUAUGUAUUUAAAAUUAUAUUAAAGUAAGGUUUUUCAUUUAAUAAGUAAUACAUGUAAUGUGAUGUAACCAAAUGCAGCCGGUUGGUUAAAUUAUAUCAUAUUUCUAGAAUGAAUUCAUGCCUUGCACUAGUGCAAUUAUAACCUUUUAUUAAGUACUUCUAAGCAUAUAGUUAAAAUUUUUGAAAGACAACAUUUCACACUGCACUGGUUUUUACCGUAGGGUGACAAAUGAUUUCUCAUGACAAUUCUUUGUGCUGUAAAUAAUACUGAUGAUUUUUAGGGCAUAUGAUGCAUUUAAUUUGUUGUAAAACCAAAUUAGAGCAAUACGUUAUUAAUUACUGCCAUUGCACAAGGAUGACAUAUGUGCCAUUAUCUAAGUUGCAUUUUAUGUUAAGCUGUGGCCUAAGUCUCAAACGACUUAAGAAA